AUGUUUCCCAGCAAAGUUCUACUUGCGCGGUCGGUCUGGAAAGGCCCCAAUAUCGUCCCUCUUCCAAUUGUCAAAGCCGUACCAGGUGUACGAACACAGCCGAUAAGAACCCAAGCAAGAUCUGCGACUAUUCUACCUAACUUUGUGGGAUUGACGUUUGAAAUUCACAAUGGAAAGGUUUAUAAUGAGGUGACGAUUACGGAGGAUAUGGUGGGACAUAAGUUGGGGGAAUUCUCGGCGACGAGGAAACGAUUUACUUAUAAGCAGAUGGGGAAUGAGGACAGUGGAACGGCUAUGGCAGUCUACUUCUCAAGAAAUCAUGCCAAUGACUAUAAAAAUGUUACUGCAGAGGAAUCGUUGCAGCUACACGGCCGAAUAACAGCUCAAGCCUCUAGCAUUGAAGCAUAA